ACGUAAAUCUACUUCCCACCAAUCCUUUUCAUUUUUAACUUGUAUAGUUAUGUUGCUAAAACAAGUUAACGUUUUUUUUUUCCUUAGAAAAAAACAAUAAGCCACCACAUACACCUAAUCCCUUAAGUCAGAUUCUCUCCCAUUCCUAGUCCAUCCAAAAUAACUUCAUUAAAGUAAAUAAUCUGCUAACUCCCUUUUUGCAAAAAGUACAAAUGUAAUUAAAUACCCAAAGAAUAGACCUCGCAACAAGCUGCCAAAAGAUUGCACAUGAUUUUUACUUAGCUGACAUCUUUACGUGAACGACUCCAUCUUUAAAUGUUUCUUCUUCUCAUGAACUAUACUCCCAGUGGGCAAAGACUGUGAUUGAUCACAAACCUUCCUAUACGAGAAUUUAUUGUGAUAAAUCAAUAAAUAAAUAAAAAUAAUUCCUUCAUGGAUAGUGGCUGUGAAGAAAAUCGACAGCCACUCAUUGAAGCUAACAGUCUUCAUGAUGAUGAAGAAGAUGAUCAAUAUGGUGAUAAGAAUAGCAUCUGGAUCGAGUCCAAAAAAUUAUGGCACAUUGUGGGUCCCAGCAUCUUCAGCCGCAUCGCCACUUUCUCCAUGAACAUCGUCACCCAGAGCUUCGCCGGCCACCUCGGCAACGUCGAGCUCGCUUCCGUCUCCAUCGCCAACACCUUCAUCGCCGGCCUCGCCUUCGGACUAAUGGUAUAUAUCCUACAUACGUAGCCUUUUUGUUUUGUUCUGUUUCAUUCCGUCUCGUCUCAAAAUAAGAGUCAUAUUUUUUCUGGAACUCUGCGCCAUCUCUAACAGUUAGGGAUGGCGAGCGCGUUGGAAACCCUAUGUGGACAAGCUUACGGAGCGAAAAGGUACAGCAUGAUGGGGGUAUAUAUGCAGAGAUCAUGGAUCAUUCUAACCGGAUGCGGAAUCGUGGUUUUACCGCUUUAUAUUUUCGCGACGCCGAUCAUGAAGGCAGUCGGGCAACCGGACGACGUGGCGGACCAGACCGGGCUGGUGGCGCUGUGGUUUAUCCCGCUACAUUUUUCGUUUGCGUUCCAGUUUCCGGUCCAGAGGUUUUUGCAAAGCCAGCUGAAGACGCAAAUCCUGGUUUGGGUUACGCUGGCGGGUUUCGUGUUCCAUUUCGUGGCGAGUUGGGUCAGCGUUUUCGUGUUUGAUUUUGGAGUGGUUGGACUUGCGAUUGUUUUGGGUGUUUCGUGGUGGCUCAUCUUUUUCGGGUUGUUCGGAUACGCCGCCUUGGGCGGCUGCCCGGAAACGUGGACCGGAUUUUCUAUUCAGGCAUUUUCUGGUCUUUGGGAAUUUCUCAACCUUUCUUUAGCCUCUGGUGUCAUGCUCUGCUUGGAAAAUUGGUAUUACAGAAUUCUCAUAUUGAUGCCUGGCUACUUGGACAACGCCACGAUAGCUGUGGAUGCGCUAUCAAUUUGUAUGAGCAUCAGUGGUUGGGAGAUGAUGGUGCCUCUUGCUUUCUUUGCUGCUACUGGGGUUAGAGUGGCAAAUGAGCUAGGAGCCGGAAAUGGAAAUGCAGCGAGAUUCGCGACGAUUGUGUCGGUGGUACACUCCACGGUGAUCGGGAUUAUCUUCUGUGCCCUAAUCAUGAUUUUUCAUAAUAAAUUCGCGUUGAUCUUUACCUCCAGUCCCGAUGUUCUUAAAGCCGUCGACCACAUGGCCUAUCUUUUGGCCUUCACCAUUCUUCUUAACAGCAUCCAGCCAGUCCUCUCAGGUGUUGCUGUUGGAUCGGGAUGGCAAUCACGUGUGGCUUACCUAAACCUUGGCUGCUACUAUCUUGUUGGGCUUCCUCUUGGAAUCAUUAUGGGCUGGGUCGUCAAGUUGGGCGUCGAGGGGAUAUGGGGCGGAAUGAUUUUUGGUGGAACAGCUGUCCAGACCAUAAUAUUGCUCCUCAUUUUAGUUCGAUGUGACUGGGAGAACGAGGCUAAGAAAGCAGCAAUGAAUAUCCAGAAGUGGUCUCGACCUUCAGUUGACCAAUCAUCAUAGAUUGAUUCAUUGGAAUUUCUGCCGCUCUUCCCCCAUCAAACAAAAUCAUAUUUAUUGAAUUGAUACAAUUGAACAAACAUGUUGUCUCUCUCUUUCUUUUCUUUUCUUUUUUUUUUCCCCUUUAAAUCAAGUCAGUAUAUGGAUAUUUACUAGAAAGGGGAAAGAGCACUUUAUAACUAGGAUGCAAGGCGAGAUGUUGUCAUAUCUUAAUACAAUUUUUUAAAAAUCAAAUUGUAAUUCUUUUAGGAGAAAUAGGGAGGAAGAAAAGAAAGAAGACAGUGGUUCCCCAGUUUUUUUCUUUCUUAUUUGUUAGAACAUUUUGUUGAGCUUACAGAUGGCAAAUUUCCACUGCUUUUUAGUCAAACACCUAAUUUUAUGUUUUUGAUUGUGUAUUAUAAGCAGUCAGCAUUAAUUUUUAAUUAGCGUAAAGAAGAAAAAUUAAAAAUACAGAUGCAUAUAUAUAUAUAUAUAUAUAUACACUAGUGAUGUCUGGUCGCUUAUCCCCUGGCCCAGUAUAUCUGUAGAUUUUAGAAAUAUUUGUAUUUGAAAAAAAUAUAUUUUGUAUUUGACCUGAUAUAUUUUAGAAACGUUCGAAGAAUUUAGAAAUAUUUUAUAAGUGUGAUCGUAGAAAUGUUUGUGUUUGGCAAAAAAAGAAAUUGUAUUUGGC